CGGAGUAUUCUGGGAUGCGGCGGGGGAAUGGCGCGGGGCGCGUGAUUUUGAACAAACGCGGCGGGCGGAUGGCGGGCGCGCCCGGCGCCCCGGCCGCGGGAAGGGGCCGGCGGGGCCGCGGGCAGCCGUGACGGGGGCGGAGGAGAAGGAGGAGGAGGAGGAGGAAGAAGAGCACUCGCCCGCCCGUACCUGCUCCUGUCAUCACUGCCACAACUGCUAAAAUGGAGGUGGUUUCAGCAGAAGUCAACAGCUUGCUCCCUGAGGAAAUAAUGGACACGGGUAUAACUCUGGUAGAAGAUGACAGCAUUGAGGCAGUUAUAGUGUCGUCACCGAUGGGAGAUUCUAUUCCCAUGGAAACAGAACUGGAAGAAAUAGUGAGCAUAAGCUCCACCAGUGACUCCUUGGCUACAACGACGGUCACAGUCGCCACCGAAUCCGUUACUGCACUCAGCAACCACUCAGGAGAUGUGGCAGUGAACACCACAGCCCCCAAAACUGAUGCGAAUGCAGUGGUCAAGCCUGCCUUUCCAAGUGGCCUCCACAAACUCGGUGCUCAGACCCCUGUCACAAUAUCAGCCAAUCAGAUUAUUCUGAACAAGACUGCCGACAUUAAAAUAGGCAACCAGAGUAUUAAGCCGGAUGGGCAAAAGCUAAUUGUAACAACUUUGGGCAAGUCUGGCCAGCCUAUUGUUUUAGCAUUACCCCACAGCCAGCUCCCACAGGCACAGAAGGCCACAUCCCAGGCCCAAGGUGGAGACUCCAAAGUGCAAGGCCAGCAGAUCAAAGUUGUCUUUGGAGGUCGGUCAGAAGUGAAACCUGUGGUUGGUGUCUCAGCUUUGACGCAAGGAAGUCAACUGAUAAACACUGCGGCCCAGCCUUCUGUUUUGCAGACCCAGCAGUUAAAAACAGUACAGAUUGCAAAGAAGACCCGAACUCCAACUUCUGGCCCAGUGAUCACCAAGCUGAUCUUUGCAAAACCAAUUAAUAGCAAAGCUAUUACAGGGCAGACCACUCAAGUGUCACCAGUCAUUGCAGGUAAGGUUCUUUCACAGUCUGCUCCAGGAACACCACCAAAGACAAUAACCAUCUCUGAGAGUGGAGUCAUUGGAUCAUCUUUGACUACAACAACCCAACAGACACCCAAUAAAAUAGCUAUUUCACCACUUAAAUCUCCUAAUAAGCUAACAGUGGUGUCAGUGGCCUCCCAGCCUCCCAGCUCCCCCCAGAAGACAGUGGGCGUCCCCCUGAAUGUAGCGUUAGGACAGCAGAUCCUCACAGUGCAGCAGUCAGCACCCUCCUCCCCUGGGAAGGCUAUAGUCAACCACACAACUGCCCAGGCUGUGAAAUCAGCAGUGCAGACCAUUACUGUAGGAGGAGUGGGUACAUCUCAAUUCAAGACAAUUAUUCCCUUGGCAACUGCACCUAAUGUUCAGCAGAUUCAGGUACCUGGAAGCAAGUUCCAUUAUGUCAGACUGGUUACUGCCACAACAGCCAAUAGUUCAACCCAAUCGGCCAGUCAAAAUCCCAGCACGAAUACGCAGCCUCUUCAGCAGGCCAAGCCCGUGGUGGUGAACGCGACCCCAGUGCGGAUGUCUGUUCCCAUAGUGCCAGCACAGACUGUGAAACAGGUAGUGCCCAAACCCAUCAACCCAACUUCCCAGAUAGUUACUACCAGUCAGCCCCAACAAAGACUUAUCAUGCCAGCCACUCCACUGCCACAGAUCCAGCCCAACCUCACCAACCUCCCACCAGGCACUGUACUGGCACCAGCACCUGGCACAGGAAACGUUGGUUAUGCAGUCCUUCCAGCUCAGUAUGUCACACAGCUCCAACAAUCAUCCUAUGUAUCUAUAGCAAGCAACACGGGGUUUACAGGGACAUCUAGUAUCCAGUCCCAAGCACGGCUACCAUUCAAUGGAAUAAUUCCUUCUGAAUCUGCAAACCGUCCAAGGAAGCCUUGCAAUUGUACUAAGUCUCUGUGUUUGAAAUUGUAUUGUGAUUGUUUUGCAAAUGGUGAAUUCUGCAAUAACUGCAACUGCACAAAUUGUUAUAACAACCUGGACCAUGAAAAUGAUAGGCAAAAAGCAAUAAAGGCCUGCCUUGACAGAAACCCUGAAGCCUUCAAGCCCAAAAUUGGGAAAGGAAAGGAAGGAGAAUCAGACCGGAGACACAGCAAAGGGUGCAACUGUAAACGCUCAGGAUGUCUGAAAAACUACUGCGAGUGUUACGAGGCAAAAAUCAUGUGUUCUUCCAUAUGCAAAUGCAUUGGCUGUAAAAAUUUUGAAGAAAGCCCAGAGCGAAAGACACUGAUGCAUUUAGCAGACGCUGCAGAAGUUAGGGUCCAGCAGCAGACUGCUGCAAAGACCAAGUUAUCUUCCCAGAUCUCAGAUCUGCUGACAAGGCCAACACCAGCACUCAGCAGUGGUGGUGGGAAGCUGCCCUUUACCUUUGUAACCAAGGAGGUAGCUGAUGCAACCUGCGAAUGCCUGCUCGCCCAGGCGGAGCAAGCGGAGAAGACGGGCAAGUCCCGAGCUGCAGCCGAGCGCAUGAUCCUGGAGGAGUUCGGACGCUGUUUGAUGAGAGUUAUUAACUCUGCAGGGAAGUCCAAAAGUGACCCCUGUGCCAUGAACUGCUGACUGGAGCACAACAAAGCAGACUGAACAGAACACUUAAGGCACAGGGACACUUUGGUUUGGCAGAGAGGAUUGAAUGGUAUUUGUUAAUUUGGUGCUUGAUGUAAAUUGCCCCCGCAUAAGAUUGAGAGAAGAAAAUCUUUUAUAACAAGAUGUAGAGCCUUUUAAAUCUUAGCUAAAUCCUCUUCUACUUCAGACAAUGCAUAAAGGUCAAUUCUUCCUGAUGUACAGCUUUUACCUUGCGUUUUUUAAACAUUAGAUGUGUUCUUCCCUUUCCCCCAGAAGAAUUGCCUGAAGGGCAUAUAUAAAUUAUUAUUAUAUAUAUAUUAUUUACAGCGUCUGGAGUUGCAUCAUUUUGUGCAUACAGGAAAACAAGGGUGAUGCCAACAGCCAGGUGACACUUUUGGUGACAGGCCCGUAAGAAGAUCAGUGUAUCCAAGAUAGUUCUGAAAGUAAGUGUGUAAAAAGGAGCAUCUAAGUGCAAGGUAAUCCUUGUAUCUAGGACACAGCACCUUCCUUUAAUGCACAGAGCACUGAAAAACCCAAGCAAGAAGGUCAGAGGGGUUGCUUGUGGAUUUAGCAUUGGGCAAGUGGUGGAGAAUUUUGCUGGAGUGGGGCCAAGGAGUUGAGAGGGAAAUGGAAGGAAUGGGAUUUUUUUUUGUUAGGAACAUGGCUGAGAACUUGGAUGUUUCUGAAGCUGAAGCUUGAAAGGCAAGACAGAAGUGAGGCAGGGCAGCCCUGCCACAAGGCCGGACUGUCUGCCCAUUGUGCAGCACUAGCUCAGACUGCAAGAGGAGGAUGCUGGGGCUUAGAUGAAGCUUGGUUUCUCAGAGGUCUGCAGCAGUUUCAUCUCGCACUGGAGGUAGGGCUGUGCAGCCUGCUGUGUUUUCUAGGAUUGAGCUGUAAUGCUGGACACCUCUUAAGUCUGAGAAGCUGAGGUCACAGGAGACAGCGGAACCAUUGUUGUCUUAAUGAGGACUCAGGACAAUCUGCAUCUGAAUCAAUUUGCAAACACAGGUAGGGAUCGUGUUUACCUGGUUGUAGGUCUUCAGGAUGAUGCUUCCCUGUAUGUUACCAAUUUACUUGGUGUAAGUUUGCUUUGGUGGUGUUUGGAAUGGCUGUGAGAAGGUGCUAGUUCAGAAUCAGGAUUGCUACCAGAAGAGAUGCACAGAUCAUUUUACACAGAGCAGGGGGCAGCAGGAAUCAACUCUAGCUGUGUGUAGACAAGGGCAGGGCAUUUUUUCAGUGUUUGUUACAGGCCAUCUCAGAUGACAUUUUUUGAUAGUGGAACACUGCAAAAUUAACCUGGCAGGUUACUUACCUACCCAUAAAAGUCAAUAACCAUGUUUAAUCACAGGCAUUUUUAGUAUGUCUCACAGCAGCACGAACUAGCUGGGUUUCUCCAAAAGGGAUUUUGUAUUCCUUGUGUAAAACUACAUACAGAGAAAUGCAGCAGAGCUCUUCCUCUGGGUUUUCUAGAAGGGCCAGGCUGGGGAAAGGUGGAGGCUAGGCAAACCAGCAGCUAAGCUAAGUGCCUAUAGAUGUGAUGGCAAUAGCAUGGGAAGACACUUCCACUCCUGUCUUCACCCCAGUCCUGUGCAUUGAGCAGAAGGCCCUUUUUCCUUCACCCUUUUCUGGUGCCUCCUCAAAAUGCCUCAGGUGUGCCUAGGGCCUAGGAGGUGGCCAGCAGCAGUGGUGGGCCCCUCGAGUGGCCACUGCAGGCAGGGUUUGAGCUGCCAGUCACUGCCUGAAGGGCCCAGUCUGCUAUUAACAUUUCCCUGAGCCUAAGUGGCAAUUAUGCCUCUGCAAAUCUCUGAAAAGGGAAUACACCUCUCGUGUAAUCAAAUGCCAUUUUAAAAAUAUAAUUAGGACUUGGAUUUACUAAAAAAGUGCAGUAACUUUACGUGUAAAUAGUGCUGAUAUUCAGUUUACUUCUAGUGACCUAAUAUAGUAUGUCCAGUAAGAUUUUGUAUAAAUGUAAAUUAGUGUAAGUGAAUAAAGUAAUACCUACUUAUGUUAUUUUUCCAACAGAUUGCAAUAUGCCUUCUUUUGUUUAGACUUCAAUCCAUGUUAAUUUUGUAUAUAUUCCAUGUCUUACUCUAAAUUGCACCUUUUGUGAUGUGUAUUUAUAUACAGUGUGCAAAAACACUUGUGAAAUAUAGAUUACAGUUGUAAUUAUGUAUGAUGGCAUUGUUUGAGAAUAUUUUGCUUGUAAAGACUUUGAAGGUGCAAUCAAAAGCUUUUAGUUCUUCUACUUUGUUUUGAACAAGCUUUCCCAAAUACUAAGCUUGGAUUCCUCUCU